CGUUAACAGUUAUCGCUCCAUCUGAGAAAGUAGUUGGCUAUGUUCUUCACGGUUCCUACCAUUCCGAUUCAGAAACCAACCGCCUCAGAUUCGAACAUUUCUUCAUCAGAGCUCUGAGGCUUCUCGCGUUUUCUCUCCUCUCCAUUAUUGUCUUAUAUGCGUUUUUGUUAGAGUUAAGACACAAAUUACCCGCAACAAUUUCCUUCGUCUCAAGCAUGAAGAGGCAGAAAUUCAUCGAGAUUGAACCCACAAACCCUUUUGAUCUGAUUUCUGAUGAAAUCAUUUUUACGAUUCUCGACUUACUCAGCUCCAACCCUGUCGAUUUGAAGUCAUUCUCCUUAGCCUGCAAGUCAUUAUACUCCGUUGAAGCCAAGCACCGCAAAAUCCUCAAACCUCUUCGCUCCGAGCACCUUCCUUCGGUGCUUAAACGAUAUACGCAAUUAACGGGUCUUGAUUUUUCCCUCAACCCUCGAGUCACUGACGCCUCCUUGGCCAUCGUCGCUAAGGCGUGCAAUUCCAAGCUUCGUUCCGUCGACCUUUCAAGGUCUAAAUUGUUUUCGGCUGCAGGAUUGCUGAGUUUGUCUAUGAAUUGUUCGAACUUGGUCGAGAUCGACUUAUCGAACGCCACGGAACUCAGAGACACGGCGGCACUGGCGUUGGCGAAGGCGAAGAAUCUGGAGAAGCUGUGGUUGGGGAGGUGUAAAUUGAUAACGGAUAUGGGGAUUGGGUGUAUUGCAGUUGGAUGCACCAAAUUGAGAUUCAUUAGCUUAAAGUGGUGUAUGAGUAUAGGAGAUUUGGGGGUCGGUUUAAUCGCUGUUAAAUGCGAACAAAUUCGUGGUCUGGAUCUCUCCUAUAUGCCGAUCACGGAAAAAUGUUUGCCAUCCAUAUUGAGACUCAAGUAUCUUGAAGAUUUGGUGUUAGAGGGAUGCUUUGGCAUAGACGAUGACUGCCUUGCUGUUAUUAGAUAUGGCUGCAAGUCCUUAAAGACAUUUUACUCUCAACAGAAACUUGAUGUGUCGAGUUGUCCGAAUAUUAGUCCUACCGGGCUGUCUUCCCUUACCAAGGCUACUGCAUCUAUACAGCAGCUUACUAUAGCAUAUGGCUCUCCUGUGACUCUUGCUCUGGCUGAUAGCUUGAAAAACUUGUCCAUGUUACAAUCAGUCAAGUUGGAUGGCUGUGUUAUCACAUACGAUGGGCUGAAAGCCAUAGGAAAUUGGUGUGUAUCACUAAGGGAACUGAGCUUAAGUAAAUGUGUCGGUGUUACCGAUGACGGUCUCUCCUCCAUUGCGAACAAACACAAAGAUUUGAAGAAGUUGGACAUAACUUGCUGCCGCAGGAUAACUGAUGUUUCUAUUUCCCAUCUUACAAACUCAUGUACUGGUCUGACUUCUCUGAAAAUGGAGUCUUGUUCCCUAGUUAGUAGAGAAGGAUUUAUCCUCAUUGGGCGAAGAUGCCAUUUGCUUGAAGAGCUUGAUUUAACUGACAACGAAAUUGAUAACGAAGGUCUGAAAUCAUUAUCAAGGUGUUCCAAACUCUCCAUCUUAAAGCUAGGAAUUUGUCUGAAUCUUAAUGACGAUGGACUUGGCCAUAUCGGCAUGUGCUGCUCCAAGCUUAGGGAGCUAGAUUUAUACAGGUGUGCAGGAGUUACUGAUUCUGGCCUUUUGGCAAUCAUCCACGGUUGCCCUAAUCUUGAAAUGAUAAAUAUAGCAUAUUGUCGUGAUAUCACCGAUGCUUCGUUUUCAUCCCUAUGUAAAUGUUCGAGGCUGAAGACAAUCGAAGCUCGAGGAUGCCCACUUAUUACAUCUUCUGGUUUAGCAGCAACUGUUGCAGGAUGCAAGUUACUAAGGAGACUAGAUUUAAAAAAGUGCUGCAAUGUUGAUGAUGCUGGCAUGAUCGCCCUUGCCCAUUUCUCUCAAAACCUCAGACAGAUAAAUUUGUCGUAUAGCUCGGUUACCGACCUCGGCCUCUUGUCUCUUGCCAGCCUUAGCUGCCUUCAGCAUCUUACCAUAUUGCAUACAAAUAGGCUAACUCCAAGUGGAGUUGCAGCUGCCUUGUUGGCAAAUAGUUCCCUAACAAAAGUGAAGCUCCAUGCACUGUUUCAAGCGCUGCUACCCGAACGUCUUCUCAAACACUUGGAAGUGCGGGGAUGUACCUUCGAAUGGAGAGAGAAAAUAUUUCAGGCUGAGUUGGAUCCCAAGUGUUGGAAAUUGCAGUUGGAAGAUGAGAUGCAAAUUGUCCAAUAGGAUGCAGCCAGCUGCUAUGUGAAGAUUUGAAAGGAUUUGAGAAGCUAAGCCUCGUGAAUUCAAUCAAACUCACAGUUUUCAUUGGCUCUACAGUCUCGACUUUAGAGUUUUUAUUCUCAAACUUUGCAAGAAACUGCGGCGAUGGGCCCACAGAAAAAGAAGUGGACUAAUGAUAGGCCCAAAGGUCAUCAUUAGCAGGAGAAUUGGAUCAACAGGCCCAUGUAUUAUUUAUUUUUUGUUUGCAAACACAGGCCCAAGGCCCAUUUAUUACAAAACUUAUAUUUUGCUUUUUUUUACGACCAUGACAUCUCGAUCAAAGACAGAUGUCAAUAUCAAUUACCACUGAGCUAAACUCAUGUAAACAAAACUUAUAUUUUGUUUGUUCUGUUGGAUAUGUUUAAGAAAAUGUCAAAUCAAUCUGAUUUCGUAAUGGGCAUGUAAGGUUGAAGCAGCUUUUAUAAUAACAAAAAAUGCAAUGCUGUCGCUGCCACUCCCUUCAGAAAUACCAACUUAUUAUAUAUCAAUUGAAGAGCUUAAAUAUGUUUGUUAUUCGCUACAAGAAUUGAAAAGAAGAGAGAAAAUGUUACAAGUGAGAGACACUAUAUUUAGAGAGAGGCGAUCGUAGGGUAGAGGAUAAGAUGCCUUGUUGCAAAGUAGUCCACGUAUACAGACGUGGGACACGUGGCGCAAUCUCUGCAGAAUAAAGCUAAGCCGCCUUCUGAGAAGAGCACUGACCAGUCAAGUCAAACCCACAAGCUUUGACCCAAAAAAAAAAAAAAA